CAUCUUCUUAUUAUGGCAGGAGCGGUAUUACUCGACUUGCAAGGCCUGCGUGGGGUAGCUGUCAUUUCAAUUCUUGCAUUCCAUUUCUUCCCUGAACGUUUUCCAAACGGUUAUGUGGGAGUCGAUCAGUUCUUUGUUCUGUCUGGAUUUCUGAUUGCGAUGAUUCUCGAUAGAGAUGACAGCCUUACCAAAAACGUUGCCUGUGAAUUCUAUUAUCGUCGGAUAAAACGCAUUGUUCCGUUGUAUUUGCUGGUGAUCCUGCUCACUCUAGUGCUGUCGUUUAUAAUCUUCCCACUUUCAAGCCUGAAAGUCAAUCUGAAAUCGGCUAAAGUUGCACUUGUUUUUCUUUCAAAUAUCUGGCCCUCUUCAACUGCUUCCAACAGCUAUUAUAGUAUGGUAAGUCCAUUCUGUAACCUUUCCGCUGCACAAAACUAA